UUCAUGAAUCAAAAGUUCUUCAUUUACUCAUUCCACGCACUGUAUUUAUUCAUUGUGAAAUGAGAGGAGCAGUCUUGACUUGCAUAAAUAUCAAGAUUGUAUGGCAGGGAGCCAUUAUAUCCUAUUACAGAUUCUGUUGAGUGGGAACUAGACAGCUAGCUCCUAGUGCCUGUUUUGCUGUGAUUCAUCCUCAUUUCAGCUUAGGAAAACAGCAUUAUUGAUUGAAUUCAUGCAUUUCCAAGGCUUGGGCUGGGCUAAGCAGUUAGGCCACUGAGAACAGGUCUGGGAGUAGUUCACAGCUGGGGUGACAAGACUGAAGGAUUCUUCAUCUCAGUUAAGCAUGAUAGAAGACAUGGACAUGGGGCACAAAUGGAUUGAGUAUGAGCUGUUUAAAAAGAGAAGAGCUCAUCAGUUGCCCCAAGAGCACCAAGGACCAGAAUUACACAAGCAUAGCAGGGAACACAGAAUUGUAAUCCAUGUUGGGUCUUAAACAUUAACCCAUCCACAGGCCAGAUUUCUCACGUCUUCACUGAUUUCCUGUAUGAAAGGAGAUUUAUACAUGCUGCCAUCAACAUUGAAUAUCUAAUUGUUGAUGUGAACAGGGUUGAAAGUCCAAAGCAAGAACUGAAACUAAGGAAGCAAGUUCUUUGGAAUUUUACUGGUAGAAGUGAAUAGAUGUAAAUAUAUAUAUCAGUUGCAUGUUUGAUCUCUGAGUGGAUGUCAUCGGUUUGCAUCGACAUGAAUAACCUUAUUGCUUCAGCAUUGCUGGACAACUCUUCUUGUGAUCCUUAUGCUUUUCCAAUGGAUGAUGCUGUUGUGGAAGAAACUCUGGAACUGGGGAUCCUUCUGGAAGGAGUAUACCUCGGAUAUCUGUGUAUUCAAAGACAUUCUCAGCACAGAAGAGUGUGGCUUCCAAUGGGAAAAUCCUGCCUCCUGAAAAUGGCUUUUACCCCAAUCAAAAUGAACUGUCUUUAUCUCAGUAUUCUGUUACCUGUGAUUCAUUGCCUACAUGGCACCAUGAUCAGACAAAACAUCCCCAUUCAGAAAUUAAAAUGACUCAUUCUACAAAACAAAAUGACAACUUCAGUAGUGCUCAGACAUCAGAAAUAGGACUUCCAGAACAGCUUGCUGUAUUAAGUCACCUUGAGCAGGAUGUAACACCCAUGCAAAAUGGUGUAUGGAAUUUAGUAGCUGAAACUGAAUCCAGUGAGACUCAGAAGACAAAUAAGAAAAAGAAAAGGAAUAAAACUGCAGGUGGAGAUGGAAAUGAAGUUGUUAAACGGAAACCUAAAAAGACUGUGAAAAAUAUCUUAAAUGCUGGUUCAGAUCCAAAUGGAGGAGCUGGAAAGGCUGGAUUAUCAUCAUUGCAAAAUCGAGGCCCUCCCAACUCUAAUGCUCAGUACCUGUGGGAUAAUCAUCCUGGUGUUUUGUGUGCCAAAAAUGCAGCUCCACAGCUGCCUGUCAGACCAUCUGCAUCAGCCAAGGCCUCCAGUGUGUUGCCCUCGGAAAGCAUUUUCUGGGGCUUGCCUGUCCAAUGCACACCCACAACCACCACUAUUACAACAGUGUCCAAUAGCACCAUUUCUAACAUGAACUAUGUGAAAUGUACCUCUAGCAGUCAGAGACAGACAAGCAGUUCUCAAGAGUCCCAGAGCUCUCGACCUAGCUCAAGCAAUGCAACAACUGGAAAAUCAGAUAGCAAUAGCAAGCAAGCAAAUUCCAUUCCACUCUCCAAAGUCAUGGAGAUCAUUGAAAGAGAAAAGGCCAGAGGUUCUCCAAGCCCCUGUAAACGGAGGCGCACAGCAAAGCCUCAGCACAUUCAGAUUGCAGAGGAGGAGGCUAGGAAGUUUGUCACUGCAGCUGCUGCAAAUAGCAUGGAGAAACGGCUCAGCAGCAUACCAACUGCUGGGAACCUGAAAACAGAUGUAGCGAAAAAAGGGUUGAGUGAUAGCUUGCAUUCGUCAGGUUUUAAAGCUGAAUUCACGGCUUCUUUGAAGAAAGGCAAAAAGUGGACAAGUUCUAGUGUAUCAAGCCAAGAUCCUUGCAGUGUGGAUGAACAUUCCAAGAUGAAGCCUGCUUCUCAGGAUGUUACCAGUCAAAAUGGUCAGCAAGCAUCAUCAUCUGGAAUUUUCUAUAGUGGUAGCACGGACAAGCUUUGCAAUUCUGUGGUGAAUCCUCCUGAGAUUACCCAAAUGCAGACCUUCACAGAUAAGCUUGUAUCGCAAUCACUGUGUGAGCCUGACAUUCAGCAAUCAUUUUCUCACCAAAAUGAGACCUCUCAAACGCCAUCCCCUUCUCUUAGCACCACGUAUGCACAGCAGCCUUGUAGUAACUUUCAACUUACAGACAGCAUGUCAUCAUCAACACAGUUUGAUACAUUGAGGACAUCUUCUACCAGCUCAGAAAAUUUUAAUCAACAUUUUAUGCAGUUUAGUGCUUAUGACGAACAAACUCUUCUGUCCCCUCCUCACACAGCAUCAGUAAAAUCAGAGGCAGUCAACAUGCCCAGCUUUGAGAACAGUUUUUAUAGCAAUCAUAAUUCUUUGCUUUCUGAAGGGACAUCUCCUACACAGUGGUCAGCAGAAAUUUCAGGAGACUGCAGCACUUCAGAUGUUAUUCCCCACACAGCUGUAAACUUUACUCAGUCAGCAAACAACCAUCAACCACUAAUUAGAAAUAUGAAGAGUCAGGGCGUGUCAGUCUCCACUGCCUGCACUGAUUGGAAACCACAAUUAAAUGGUAGUAUAUCAAUGAAAGACUCAUAUUUUUCACAUCACCAGUCUACAUUACCUUCAUCAUUAAGCGCAACUUCUCCAUCUAAACUAGCUUGUGAAAGUGCCUCUUUGAAUUGCUCACACAGUUCCAGCAAGCUGUACUGUCCGGCAGGUCCCAUCAGACUACAUGAUUCAGCAGCUUUACCAUCUUUUGAUGCGCUGGUUGCAAACAGCAUUGGCUCGCAUGUAGAGCCAGUACAAAGCCAGUUAAGUACCAUGCACCAGCAAAUAAAUGUUGAGAGAUUGGAUUUACCACAGCAGCAACAAAAGAAAAAAUCUCCUAGAAACAAGCAGAAAUUAUCAGAGAGUAAUGGAGGGAAGAAGAAACAGCAGAGGUCUCCCAAGGUAAAAAAUCAGAAUCCACCUGUAUAUGCAGAAAACUUUGCCCAUAGUUUUCCUGGAGGUUGUGCCAGAAAUCUUCAUUCUCCAUUGAAAGAUGCCAAUUCGGUUAAAUCCGAAGUUAAAGUAAAUGGCACACAAACUUACAGUAGUAACAAAAUGUCUUCAUCUCCCAGCCAGCAGCUUCCAUCCCCACAAUAUCUUGUACAGUCUCCUGUCCAGUCACUGCCAUCUCCAAAUAAGCCAUUGCCAUCAACUUGCUGGCAAAUGCCUUCAGCCAGUAGACUGCCUCAAUCUCCUAAUCAGUCUUUGCCAUCACCAAGCCAGCCAGCCCACUCACCUGUCACCAAAAUGGAACCUUUCCUUGCACCCAUGAAUCUGGAAGAAGAACUUGAUGACCGAUUGAGAUACAACAAAGUGGAAACUGCACCCCAGUGUGGAUGCCUUGGACCAAAUUAUGUCUAUAAUGAGAGUGUCGAGGGACCUUACUAUACACAGCUUGGGACAGCCAGAGAUCUGGUGGCCAUUCGAGAGAUUAUGGAAAAAAGAACUGGUCUAUCAGGCAAUGCUAUUCGCAUUGAGAAGAUCCAUUACACUGGCAAAGAAGGUCGCAGUGCUCAGGGCUGUCCAAUUGCCAAAUGGAUCAUUCGAAGGUCUGGUGUGCAUGAAAAAUACUUAUGUGUAACACGCAAACGACCUGGUCACUUUUGUGAUGCAGCAUACAUCAUUGUGGCUAUUGUGGCAUGGGAGGGAGUCACCACAGAUAGAGCAGACAGCCUGUAUACCUACCUAGUAUCAAUGCUUACCAAGUAUGGCAUGGAAACUGAUCGUCGAUGCGGUACUAAUGAACAGAAAACAUGUGCAUGCCAGGGAGUAGACCUUAUCCGACGUGGAGCUUCAUUUUCCUUUGGCUGCUCAUGGAGCAUGUACUUCAAUGGAUGUAAAUUUGGCCGCAGUCACACAGCACGCAAAUUUAAGCUGAAAGAUACACAGAAGGAGGCAGAGAUGGAAGAACAUAUGCAAGAUCUGGCAACAGUAGUAGCACCAUUGUACAAGGCUGUGGCACCUGAUGCCUAUAGAAAUCAGGUGCAUUUUGAGGAGCAAGCCAAAAUGUGCCGACUUGGGAAGGAAAAGGGCAGACCAUUUUCUGGUGUGACGGCAUGUGUUGACUUCUGUGCACACUCACAUAAGGACUUCCACAAUAUGCAGAAUGGAAGCACUGUGGUGGUGACACUAACCAAACACCGUGAACUUGUCAAACCAGAGGAUGAGCAGCUCCAUGUCUUACCUCUCUAUGUUUUGGAUGAAACAGACGAGUAUGGUAGCACUGAAGGGCAGAUGGAGAAGAUAAAAACUGGGUCACUAGAGAUUCUUCACAAAUAUCCUAUGCAAGCACGUACAAGGUCAUCCCCUGUCACUCCCAAAAAGCGAGGUCGGACCCCUAAAAAGGAAAGUCCAGGAAAAUCUGAGUGCAAGCGGACAGGUUCUGACAUCAUGGGUAGCAAGGCUGAUGCAUCGUCUGCACCACCAACUCCCACCACACCCAGCAGUCUGGAGAAGGACACAUCAUUUCUUCAUUCUCAUGACUCAAGCAACUCUUUACCUGAUGCAUCAACCAUCUCAGGGAAUUCGGCCACAAAUUCAGCUAUGCACACUUCAGAAAAGAGUCAGAACGUGAAGGAAGCUUCGUUUGUGGACAAAGAAAAUCUUUCCAGCAUCGAUGAAGAUACGUGGUCUCAAUCUUUUGAACCCUCACAAUUGUACGACAAGGUGUGGGACUACUUUUACAGUAAUGGAACAUUCCCUCCAACCUCUUUCUCGGACAAAAGGGCAGCAGCACAAAAACUUGCCAUGAUAGAUCAGCAGAUCUCAGGGGUCAGUGCCAAUAGGGAGUGCAAACCUGAAACAAAUUCACAUCAGGCUUCACCACAACCUAUGCAGCAGGCAGCAAAUGUAGCAUCACAGCAUCAGUGUUCAUCUGAUUCCCAGGAUGAUGUUCCACUUGCUCAGAAUACCAUGAAUGGGAUCAAAGUUGAAGCAGGAUGUUGUCCUGACAGUCCUAGCGAUGCUCAAAGCUUGACUAAUAUAAGUUGCCACAACAAUGCUGGCAGUGUCAUUGCAUCUUUUCAACAAGUUUCUGGCUCAUCUGAAAGCUUGCCUCAUGGAGAUGCACACUUUGCAUCAGCUCAAGGUGAUGGGAUGUCUGUCAGCACUGUCCUUGGUUCAUCUUUGGACAUUCUCUCAGAGGCAGCAUUUGUAAAUGGCCAGGCAUCAGAUCAAAGUUCAUUGUGUCUUUCACUUGCCACCUCCCUUCCUCGGCAAACCAGCACUCCAGCUAUUAGCACUCAGUCAUCUGCUAGCUUAGCAUCUCUGCAUGCACCAAGUUUGGUGUCUGUUGCAUCUGUGGUGUAUCCCUUCAUCACCUCACAUUCCACCUCAGAUAAUCAUAAAGGUGAGUCCCUCUCUGACAAAACCCCUUUCUUGAGUGCCAAGGCAAGCUGUGAUGGGGAAAACCCUUCUUUGUGCAAUGAUCCUUCCUCUUCAUCAUCGUCAUCCCAUCCUGUGAUGCAACCCAAUGGAUCUUUCAUCAUGCCUACCUUAGGACAGGGACCCAAUGAGCCCACGUUUACCAUGAUGGACCCAUCUGUUGUAAAGUGUGAAUGGCAAACUAAUGAAGAGAAUUUUCUCGAUCCAAGCAUAGGAGGGGUAGCCAUUGCACUCAACCAUCGGGCAGUUCUCUUUGAAGUGGCUAAACGGGAAGUUCAUGCUACCACAGCCCUGAAAAAUCCUAAUCGCUAUCAGCCCACACGCAUUAGCCUAGUUUUCUAUCAGCACAAGAAUCUCAACUACUCUCACCAUGGCUACUAUGAGUAUGAACACAAGUUAAAAGCACAGCGGCAGAAGCGCAUGGAGAAGUUGAUGGAAGAGGGGGCCACAGCUGCAGAAGCAGAGGUCGCUGUGAAACCUGGCAGGAAACGGAAGAAAAAGACUGCGGAUGGGGAGGAAGAGGAUGUAGUAGAUUUUGCAAAGACUUCUGCCGCACAGUACAAAUAUCUGUGGGACACGACCGUCAGACACAGCCAGGCGCUCACCACCGAUUCCAUCAUCACACGAUGGAUUGAUCCUCAGCCAAUGGUCACAGGCCCAUACCAGAGAUGGGUGUAAGGAUCUCUUUACAAACUAUGUGCAAUUUGAAGUCUAAUGCUCUAUCACUGCAAAAUACAGGUUUAUUAUUUGAUAAGAUAGUGUAUGGUCCCUUUCAUUUCUCUUGCCUAUGACAAAAUGAUUUGUGGUGUACAUUAAAUAUGUUGUAGCAUGAGUAUUUCCAUUUAAAGAUUAUGCAACAUUCUGACCUGAUGGGCGAGAGGCACAAGAACUUAACUCUUGCUUUCUGGGUCUGCUAUGGACCAGAGUAUAGGGGAAAGGGUGUUGCCAAGCCAUUUUCUCUUUUUAAGGAUAUUAUAGGCUUGGUUUGGGGGUUUUUCCCUCUUAUUUAUGAUAGAAUAUUUUAUUUACAUACUAUCAUUGCUUUCUAUCAAAUGCUAAAACUUAAAUCUAUAGGAUAAGAUACACAUUUUUUUUUAAAUAAAGGUGAGAAAUAAGCAUUUUGAAACUGUUGAAAUUCAACCAAUUUGUAUACUUAAAUUUCUUUUAGGCAAGUUCAUUGUUGAUUCAUUAUUGCAUGGGGUCAGUGCUUUGACUACAGUUUUCAACUGUGUAGUCACUGUUCUCAGGAAUGUAAACAUUAUUUUACUUCUGCAUGUAUGCAGUUUCCAAGGUCAGCCAAAUACAUAUCUGCAUUUGUUUCAUGAACACCCAAGACAGAGCCAUGCGUUUUAAACUACACAUCACCAUUUCUUGUAAUAGUUCUUAGCAGUGUUUGAAAUGCCAUGUUUUAAUUUAAUAAUGUUACUCAGGGGCUUUUCUUUGAUCUCAUCAUUGUUUCAUGAUUUUUUUUUUUUUUUAAUGGUUUUGUUUUGCGAUUGUAAAAGAGCUGAAUGAAGCCUUUUAAUCUUUAUCUUUAUCCCCAAAGAGUCCGACUUGUUUGUGCUUUAUCCUUUCCUUUUUUCAAGGCAGAACCGUGGGUUUGAUGAAUCUGUAUCAAAGUCUUCUGCAUUACCAGCACUAUAUUCGAGAAGAGUGCUUUCUACACAUCAGAAUAGUUAUUUGUUUAUGGAUUGUUGCUAUACAGGUGAAGAUUUUUUUCUUGCCUUGUAAUUGUUUUGAUCAGUUUUUGAUUUUAAUUAGUGAAACAGAUCAUGCUAGUAUUUGAGUAUUUAUUAAGAUUUACAGGUGUUUUUAGGUUUGUUUUGUUUUUGUGAUUGCAGGGAUUGAUGUAGAGAUAGUAAGGUUACUGAUAAUUAUAUCAGUAAACACACUUUUUUAAGGGAAAUGCAUAGAGUAUCAAAUUGCAAAAAUAAUUGUCUUUACUGUAUUGUCAACUUUUUAUUUAGAUUGGGGGAGGGGGGAGAGCUGAUAAAUUGGUCUUUUGACUAUCCCAAAAGGUAUGCAUUACACAUUUAUCAGUAAAGCAGACAACUGCAUUUAUCAGUUAUCUCUCGUAUAUAUAUAUAUGUAAACACACAUAUCUUUUGAUUUGUGCAUCUCCGCACUAUCCCCACAAGAAUGGUAUGAGUACCAUGUAGAUAGACAUAGACCUGCAGUCAAGUAGAGAAAGUUCUCUUUCUCUCUUGUAUAUGUACACACAUGCAUGAGAGCGCACACACACAAAGGUGAGAGCAGUGGUACAAGAGCAAAAUAAACGACUGGCGUAAUAUCAACAUAAACGAGAAAGCCCCAUGAAAGGGAAAGGGCAUUUGACACCUGUAUAAUAUUUUUAACAUGUUUACAGCAUUGCUUUAUUAUUUAUUUUUACUUGCCUAACAAAUUGUUUCCAUCAUUGCAAAGAUGGUAGAAAAAUGCUGGGCAUUUAAAUGUGUUUCAUGUUAAGUUUGCCUGCUUAAGGUUUAAAUUUCUAUCUCUAUUGUGGACAGAAAUAGAUAAUAAGGAAAGGAGGUGAAUGGCAGCAGGAGAAAACUGGGCUAUGCCUUCUGUAAGCCAUACCCUAGUAAUCAUCAGCAGUUUAAUGCACAAUUUAUCUGUUGAUUUUCCUCAGUGUAAAAUGGUACAUCAUGCCGACUGCAUCUCUUUUUUAAUUUUGAAAAAAUACCAAGUCAUAAUUUUUUUUUUUUUUCACGACAGGAACAUACAUGGCUGUAUAAUAACCCUGUUGUUCAGACUAGUGAAAUAUAUGUUCAGAGGGUGCUACAGACUAAAAAUUUACCUCAAAUUCCAGCAAACAUACUUAAGAUCUAUUCCUUGCUGACCCUUGCCCCUUUUACGAUUUUAGCUAAUGUCAAGAAAUUUGUCCUGACUUUUUGUCUGUGUGCUAGUUUGGAAUUCUUUUAUUUGAUUGUAUCUAACUAAAGCAGCUGGUUUUAAAACUGCUAGUGGUGAUUUUCUUUUGUUAAAAUUUUGUGGGUUUUUUUUAAAUUUUUUUAAACUCUCAUUUUUGAAUGGCUGUACACUUUGCUCUCCAUUUAUGAUCACUCAUGCAGUUUACUAAGGCAGCUUAUAUGAAUCAUUUAUCACACUAAGGUCAUAGGGUGAAAAAUGAAUGUCACAUUUCCAUUAUCCAUGGUGCUAAAGACUUUUGAAAUGGCCCAUCUGUAUAAAGCAAAACAAAAAAGUGUGCCUUGAGAUCUAUGAGCACACUGAACAGAUAGUGAGAUCUUCUGCUAUCUAUGUCACAGUGUUAUCUCUGUUCUCAGUUUUCAGUUGCAGCACCUCAACAAGCAGCAGUCUUUUAGAAUUUUAAUGUUGACUGGCGUACUUGUGAUUAUUUUGUAAUUGUACAGAUUAUUAGUUGAAUUUUUACAGUCUACUAUUUUUAUUAUUGAUUAUAUGUUGCUGAGUGAAUUGUAUAUUGUUAUUGUUUGCAUAAAGGAUGAAUCAUUUUAUGUAGCCCAGCAUAUUUUUGCACUUUCGAAGCAAACAAAAAAAUUACUUGGCAUAAAUGUGAGAUGUUAAUGGUGUCCUCUGUUUUAUUUAGUUUGAGGGAACGCUGUAAAUUUACUGACUUUUUUUAGAAGUCUGAUAAACCAAUAUUAAUAUAUCUAGAGAUGCCUAUGAUUUAUCAGCAAAUGCCAUAAUGACAUUGUAGCAGCCUUUAUAGUUGUCGUGUAUUUGUUCUUUGUGAGGGUAGCAUGGCGUAUGGUGUACUGUUCUCUUUUUAAGCCAAUCAGCUGACGUGGCAAAGCUCAUGUGCAAAUGUUCAGAUUUACUGCACAGGAACAAAAAUACAAAGUUGAACUUAUAUUGCCGUGAAUAAUCUGAAGUAAGAACUUGCUUCAUAUCUUCUGUUUGAUUCCAGCAAAAGGAACACAAUCAAAAUGAGCCUACGCUUUCUCCAUCACUUUGUGGAUGUCUUUUUUAAAAUCGCUUUUGUAUGUGAAAUAAUUUUUUUGUCAAUAGUUUCUGAACAAUAUUUUACAAUAGUACACUGAUAAAAAUGAUCAUUAGCUGCAGGACCUUUUACAGAAUUAAGACAGCAUUCUAAAUUUCUUCUGUGUCAUUUAUGUGUCAGGUCUUCUGCUGAUUUUUAAUCUUGAGCUCAAACUUUAUAGAGAAUGCUAGAAACCUGAAAUCUAUAGAGAUAUCUCUUUUAAACUGCAUCAUAUCACAGCAAUGAAGUUGUUCACUUGCCAAUCAGUUGUAAUUUAACAUGGAGAAACGAAUUAGAUUGCUUGCGACUUACUGUGAACAUGCAUUUUACAAGUUUUUGCAUUCUUGUGCCUACUAUUCUAGGUUUACGUUAAUGAGAAAUUUGAUAAAACACAAUUAUGCUCUU